GCCAAUUUUCUGCCUGCGCUACAUAGACUGGUGCUUCUCAACGUCCUUACUGCUGCUUGACUUGGCCUUGAUGAGAGGUGCUGACAUGAAGGCAACUGCCGUUCUGAUGGGCAUCGACGUAGCGGGUGAGCUGUUUGCCUUGAUGGCAGCGCUGAGCACUCCAGACCGAGGGAAGUGGCAGUACUUCAGCUUGGGCAUGCUCUUCUUUGGGGCAAUGGUGACGUUUCUUUUCACAGUCCUUCAGCGCGCAGCCGAGGAGCUAGGCGGUGCCGAGCAGAAGAAGUUCAAGUUCGUAGCCUCGCGAACGAUCGAAGUUUGGUGUCUUUAUCCUGUGGUUUUUACGCUGGCCGAGAUGACGAAUUCCAUCUCCCAAGAGAUGGAAGUCCUGGGCUAUGCGAUCCUAGAUGCAAUCGCGAAGUCUGGCAUACCGCUCAUUAUUUGGAUUUGGUCGAUUUCGGAGCAGAGGGCAUCCAGGUCCAAGCUGCUGACCAUCCCAGAGAACGAGGAGUACGUUGAUGCCUGA